AUGGCGGAAAUCGCAUUUGAAAAACUUAGGGAACUUGGAGAACAUAUAACGGCUUGUAAUUUUUGUGCGGCCUGUAAUAGGCCAAAUUCCGGCAUCGAGUGGUGUAGACUUUGCAGUCCGCACAAAAAUCUUUCAACUGGUAAUUCUGAGAUAGACGAAAUUCUCUAUUCUCGUCAAAUACAUGCGAAAAAUUGUGAUGAGAUUAUAGAAUAUGUGCCACAUAGCGAUUUCAAAGAUAUUCGCCAAAUAGGGCAAGGAGGAUUUGCAUUCAUUUAUACUGCAACUUGGGAGAAGAAAACUCCACAAGAAGUUUCUAUUCCAGUCGUACUCAAAAAAAGUAAAAAUCCUAUUCACGAGUUUAUUGGUGAAAUAAGAGUCCAUUGCGACUGCAGUCUUGCAAAUAAUUACAUUACGCAAUUGUAUGGAAUAACGAAGGAUCCGAUUACUGAGGAAUUUAUGAUGGUUCUGGAGUAUGCGUCGAAGGGGAAUCUACGCCAGUUUCUUAAAAAUGCUAAUUCUUCUGAGCUUUCCUGGAAAAAUAAAACAAAAAUAUUGUAUGACGUUAUUUAUGACCUGCAUAUUAUUCACAAAAAAGGCUAUGUCCAUAAGGAUUUGCACAGUGGAAACAUUUUGUGUUUCGAUUACUAUACAAAAAUUUCGGAUAUGGGACUUUCUCAAUCCGUAUACGACUCUAAACCCACUGUUUAUGGAGUAAUGCCCUAUAUUGCGCCUGAAGUCCUAGAAAAUGAAAAGUAUACUUAUGCGAGCGAUAUUUAUAGUUUUGGGAUCAUAAUGGCAGAAGUUUCCCUGGGAAAACCGCCUUAUGCAGAGUACCCGCAUGAUGAAAGUCUUGCAUUGGCGAUUUGUAAUGGAUUAAGACCGGGAUUAUCUGCUGGGACCCCUGAACCCUAUUGUGAACUAUUCAGGAGGUGCACAGACACGGUUCCUGAAAAAAGGCCUUCCUCAGAGGAAAUAGUCACAACGAUAAGGGCUUGGCUAUUAUUUGACGAAUUUGAGGGGGCGGAGAUUAACUCUGGAAGUAAUAAUUUUAGUCAAGAUUCUUUUCCGGAUUCAAAACUAGAACAGCUUUCCAUUCCGAAAAGUUAUAGCAAGUGA